UGAAGUUUAAGAACUUUUUGGAGAAUUCGAGUCACUCACCUGUUGCUUUUCUGAAUCUCGGGCAGCAGAAGUUGUUCUAUCGACAGACGACAUCCCACACGAGAGUUUUUCUUUCUUAUCUGUCUCGGCAAUCAUGAGUUAGUGGGACAUUUUCUUCUUGUUGACGUUUUUCAUUUAGCUGAGGAGGAAAUAAGAUAAAAAAUAUAGAGUGGCUACUUUUGUUGUUCAGAGUGGUGUUCCAUGGGUGUGUAGAUUGCAUAGGAUUGCAAGCUUGUACAUAGCAGUAGUUAACAAUAAUGGGUGAUUGCCGCAAUGUGUUGCUCUUUAUAAACAUUGGAUUACAGAUUGGACUACUUGUGACGGCAGCUUCUGGUCCGUCAUGUGACCCAAAGACAGAAUUUGCAUGCAGAGGAGAUUCUCCAUCUUGCAUAGCAUUAUCGAGGGUCCGAGAUGGUUCUCCCGAUUGUCCAGACGGAUCAGAUGAAGAAUGUAAAAUCGGGGAAGAAUUUCAGUGCCAAACUAUACAUCAGUGUAUUCCGAACGAAAGAUUCCACGAUGGGUGGCCAGACUGCGACGAUGGAUCAGACGAAGAAUGCAGCCGAGGUCAGCACCGUUGCCGGUGUGGGUUACCCCACUGCAUAGAUGGACAUAGGGUCAAAGAUGGUGUCAAGGACUGUAUCGAUGGGUCGGACGAAGAAGAUGCAUUGAAUAAAACAUGCCCAGAUGAAAAUAGACUACAAGAUCUUAUGGCCAUGGAAAAACGAAGAAAGAAAAGACAAAUAGAUAACCCCUUGGAAGAAGGCAUGAAAAUAGAAGACAACUGGAAAGACUAUUCUAGUCCAUCUGCAAGAAUGAUUUCGGACAAAUAUCGUAAGAAACAAUUUCCUUACAUCAUACAGAGCAAGAGACUACAUCUGCCUACAAAAGAAUUAUUGGAUAAUACGAAUAGUCAGAGAGUCUCAUCAAGAAAUGCAUACAGAGUAGGUACAGAAACGGAAUCAUACGGAUCCCUCGUGUCAGGAAAUAUCUAUCAAACGGCUGUCAGCGAACCAGUGUCUAUUAUUCCGACAUCGACUUUUACUUUAAUAAAAUUCGAUCACGAAUUGCCCAAGAAAAUCAUCCAUAAAAAAACGGAGCAACAAAUGCGAAAAAAUUUGUAUUCCAAACAGCAUUUGAGUGACAUAAUGCAGAAAAUUGUUUUUUUAUAUCAAAACGAUUCUCAAAAAUUUAAUGAAAGAAAGAAAGAAGGAAUCGCUCAUAGGAAAUUGUUGUCCGUCACAAGCAAGGAGGGUGAUUUUAAAAACUACCGAGUCAAAAAAUCUGUAUCGACAGUUGAUAUAAGUCACAUUGCUUUAGCUUCACAACUUCACACGACUGGUAUUAUACUGUCGACCACAGGAACUGACGUCAUGGAGGGUCGAACAACGGCAUGGACUACGAUUGUCGAAGGUACGUACGUUAAGGGAACAUAUGCUCACAUUAUACAUAGUACUUCACGCAUUUUCUUCACAGUUGAAAAGACAAAGACUACUGAUUUUAUUACUCCAACUAGUGUUUCAAGAAUCGAUGAGCUAGCAACUCCCACUUUUGCAUCCUCACCAAUCUAUGAAACAACUGAUCCUGUCUCAAUAUCUAACGAACACUCUUUUUCCGACAUAGAAAGUGAAGCUUUUGACGGUAAACCACAAGUAAAGCCAACUCCAGUCCUACAUUCAACCCUUCUGAACUCAGAGACUCCUGAUACUUCUUCCAGUAAAAAAGAGUUUCAUUUAUUAGAUCCGUCCAUUUCCGUUAUUGAGGAAAAUACAUUAAUACAAAUGAGUUCAGCUUCUAAUGGCGAUAGCUUGGAUGCACUUUCGAAAGUAUUUACAGAAAGUGAAUCAAUAGGUACUAUCGCUUCAAAGAACGAAAUGGUUCAAGCAGAGAAAGACAUGUCUUCAAAUGAUUCUUUGAUACGAGGAAAUAUUGCCUCAAACACUGAAAUGACACAUCUAAAGAAAAGUAUUGCUCCAAAUAAUGAAAUGAUGAAAACUGAUAAGCCUGUCACUUCGAACAAUAAAAUGAUGCAAACAGAGAAAAGUAUCGCUCCAAACAAUGAAACUGUCCAUUCCAAAGAGGAUGCUCUUUUACAAAACAUUGUAGGGAGAAUGGCAAAAACAGAGAGCACCAUUAUGGACUAUGGUUUGAAAACAAAUGAUAGCGAUUCCAAAACAGGAUUAAAUCUUCAGACAGUAAAAGUAUUAACAGAUGAGACAAGAUCGAAUGAUCACAAAGAUGAAAAUAUUCUUCUUGAAACUAUUGCCUCUCCUCCGUUGCCUGUAGAAGUUUUUAGUUCCCUUAAAACUCUUGAGGAUGAAAAUCUAGACAGUAAAAGUAUUAAUGAUAAGUACAGCUCAGGGAAAGUGUUAUUAAAUAACAGCCCAAUUGGAGAAUCUGUGUCCAUACCUGAUUCACAAACUUCAACUACAGUCAUGAAUACUCCUGCUGAAUAUGACACAUCUGUCAUAUCAGUAACGGAAACUACAAAUUCCUUAUCAACUUCUAAAAUCACAGGUAGUUUACCUGACGAUAGAAAUAACAUUGCCAUUGCGAAUACUAAAUCUGAUAGUGUAUCCACUGCAAGCAAUCUAAACCUCGAAUCUUCCUUCGGCUUUACGUUCGAAACGCUUGUUCCUCAGAAAGUGUCUGAUACGCCAGUUUUCUUAAUGCCAAGUAUAGAAUCUGACACUGCUCAUACAUCUCCUCCUCUUGAAUCCUUAAAUGCAAACCCUUCACCUAUAACGACAUCAGCUGAUUCAAAUGAGCCUGAAGCUGUCUCAAAUGAGCCUGAAUCCAGGAAGAGGAGAGAUGUUCCAACUUUAGUGACUGUUCUCAAUCCGGAGGGGCGAAUCAUUUCUACCGACGCCCGAGUUUAUUUAACUCCUCACUACACCACCUACACUUAUUUCACAACAAUCCUAAAACCAGGGGGAGGUACACAAAUCCAAAGUAGUUUGGAAGUGGAAACCGUUUAUCCUUCUGAUCGAUCUGAUGACGACCAGCCGUGUUGCGGUGGUCACGUUCACGGCGACGGAAGAGAGGGCGUAUACGUCACACAUUAUCCAAAGAUACCCUCAACGCAUGAUCAUCAUAUAGAGACUGUCCCUUAUGACCUUGAAAGAGCGAGUGAAAUAACACACAGAACUACCUACACAUAUUACACAACUAGAUUUAGGGGAGGUACGUCGUUUGUUGAAACUCGCAAAGAAACUGAAACCAACGUGACACCGAUACCGUCCGCAGGGCGGUAUUCACCGUUUGAAAUCGGUACAUAUUAUGAACCAGACGAUGAAGAAUUGCAUCCUCACCACACGGAAGCCCCGCAUAUUGUUGGACCUCAUGAUAUGACUCAUAGAACUACGUAUACUUAUUUUACUACCAGAUUUAGGAAUGGCUCGCCGAUAGUUGAAACCAGAAGAGAAACCGAUACAAACGUUACCCCUAUCCCAACGAUACACAGACACGGCGGUGUUUUGUACACUCAAAACGAAAGAUUCCCCGUUUAUUCCCAACCCAUCGAUCCCAAUUUGUACAAGCCUGACAGAGUGACGCACAGAACGACGUACACGUAUCACACGACGAGGUUCCGUGACGGAGUACCGAUUGUGAACACUAGAAAAGAGACGGAAACUAAUGUGACUCCCAUACCUACCUAUACCAGGUCUACCCCCUUGCAGAGAACAAGAUUAAUUCCGAGUAGGGUGAUUACCCGUCCUGUUGAAAGAACGGCUAUUUCUUACGACGAUCACCCUCAUCACGAUCAUUACGACCCUUAUAUCACGCACCGAACGACUUAUACAUAUUAUACAACUAAACUCAGGGGAGGCGAUGUGCAUGUAGAUACGAGGUACGUGACCGAAACCAACCUAACGCCAAAUCCAGCACUCCCCGUCAAUCAUGGUGUAACAACACUCUACAAUCGACCUCACUAUGACGAUUUCAAUGUAGAUCAGUGUCCCAGUUGCAGAGGACAAGGUAGAACAAGAGUUCCUCCACCAAGUGACCGGACCGUCGUUCUGGGUCACGACCGAGUGGUCAGACCGAGCACUGCCACACACCUCACUACAUACACCUAUGCGACCACAACACUGGCGAGAGGAGAUUUACCAGUUGUGAGAACGAGAGAACAUACAGUCACCGAGGUGUACUCUGACGUAGUCCUCCCUACUUUGAAAUUUGGAGACAGAAUACGAGCUAAGAGAGAUGACGGGAGAAAUAUUCGACUUGCAAACAGGCAGGACAGACGAAUCGCAUACGAUGAUGUGAGAGAACCGCAAAAUGUACCAGACUCCAAGCGAUUUCAAAAGAAUGAUAGUCAUAAAAUAACACCAACACGCAUCACUUACUAUUCAACUUUUACGUAUUUCACGACUGAACUGGGUGGUUCAGUUCCUAUUGUCAGAACGAGAGAGCACACGGUGACGGAAAUUCUUUCCGAUGUUAUCGUACCGACAGUACGAAAUCCUAUUUCUAGGACAACGCAUUCACGAGCGAAAAGAAAUCUUGUAGAAACACAUUCUAGAAAACUCUUGAGUGUGGCAGCAGAUGAGGAAGAAACUACAUCUUCCAACAUUACGACUGCUGCAACAGGAAACGCUACAAAUUCACUUUCUGAUGUCGAAAGAAAUACAGAUCGCUCAUUUACUAAUUUGAACACGAUUUUGAACACUCCAGUAGAAAGUGUCGCAAAUACAGUUAAUGAUACUGUAAUAAGCACCGAAAGUUCUCAUUUAAAAGAGUUUCCCAAUAUUUUAAUAAAUCAACCAGAAAGCACUACAUUUACAAUUUAUGAUGCUGAAAUAAAUACGGAUAGCUCAUUCAUUAAUUUCAACAUGUUUUUUAACAUUUCGAGCACUCAACCUGAAAGUGUCACAAAUAAAGUUAAUGAUAGUGCAAUAAGUACCGAAAGCUCUGAUUCAAAAGAAUUUCCAAGCAUUUUAAUGGAUCAACCAGAAAACACUACAAUUUCAAUUUCUGACACUGAAAUGAAUAACGGAGGCACACUUUCUAAUUCGAAAGAACAAGCACUUUUCAAUACCCCAAGCACUCCAUUUGAAACUAAUACAACUGAGGGUUUUAAAAUUUUAAAUUUUGAAGGUCUAACGCUUAGUAAUGCACCGAUUGCUGAAAAUGAGGAGAGCAUUCCUGGAAUGACUCAGAAUGAAACAGUUAAAAUAACUGCUGUAACAGAACCUACAACUGUUGAGGGUUUUAAUGAAACUAUAGUUUAUCCGUCAGAUAUCCUGGUUUCUUCUAUCGAAACAUUGACUCAUUCCAUUAAUACCGUAAGUUCAAAUCUCAAAACGGACAUGGAAUCAAAAAACAGUGCAAAAAGUCUUAACACGAUAGGGAAUUUUGAACAGAAGACACCGCACUUGCAAGUUUCAUCAUCUGCAAUGACAGAUAGAUUAAAAACUGAAACUUCAGAAAACAAUUCGGUCAGUGCUGAUUUGAUAUCAAGUCAAAGCAUCGACAGAAAGUUGUCACACUCCUGGACACGAAAUCAAAGCGCGGAUACAGAUCCUAGUAAACUCAGUCCUACAGAAACAUACAAGUUUUCACCAAAGCUUGACGACAUUGACCUGACCGCAGACGGAGCUGAGAUGAUUUAUUCGUCACGCGCCCCACCCUCUACCUAUUUCACAACCUACACUUAUUACGCAACCAUUUUGAGACCGGGUGGUCAAAGAGAAAUAGAAACGAAAACAAAAGUCGUCUCCUCCACACUCUAUGAUCCAGCUUAUGCUCCGGCUCAUCAAAAGAGUGAAAAUAUGUUGAGGGCAAAAGAGGGAAGGAAAUGUUGCGAUUCAGAAUUCAUACGACCCACAAGAGCUUACGACUUGAGAGCUGACAGCGCAGUUGUAAGAACUUAUUCUGCCAUUCCAAAUUAUCGUUCUAAUCAACCCUAUAAACCAUCGUUUGCUGAUAAAGUGCGAGGACCCUUCUAUGACACACCUACUAAAUCUGAUUGCCCAUCCUGCAAUUAUAGAAGAAGAAACAAUUAUAAUAAUGAUUUUCGCAAUAAGAAACCUGACCAAUACAUAGCUCGGACUCCCUACUUAACAAGCAUUCCAGUAUUUAAUCCUGCAACGUACAAAAAACUUCCCGAAAAGACAACAAACGCGGUUUUUUACCCCGGAGAAGGCAUUACACCGACAGCAGUAACAUUUUAUUCUACUUAUACGUACUUCACAACGGAACUUAAAGAGGGCUCACCCUACAUAAGAAGUCGAGAACACACAGUAACAGAGAUAUUGACAGAUGUUAUUGUACCAACAGUAUCACGUGUACUCCAUCAAAGCUCAGCUUCCCCUUACAGAAGAAAUAAGCGACAUAUCAAUGAAAAACUCUUCAAAAGAAAACUGAAAAACUUUUUCAAGCGAAAACUUUUAAGAUCAAAUGAAGAAGACUCUGUUGCUAACAAUAGCAAUGAUUUAAAUUUUUUAAACCGACAUGAACGCGCAAUUCCUAUUACCCAUUAUACAACCCAUACAUACUAUAAAACUUCACUGAAGCCAGGUAAUAAGAAGGAAAUUGAGUCUAGUACUAAAAUAAUUUCAUCUGUGUAUUACAAUAAAAUACAACCUACCGGAACACUUAAAGCGUAUAAUACUCCUUCAGCGAGACGCGAUACAAUUCGUCGACAAGAACAACAGAAUCAAAACAGUGCUUCACGCUUUCAAAAACCAUAUUAUUUAUUACCGACACAAAGGCGACUUAACGUGACACCUCAUCACGGACUCAAUAAAAACGAUAAAAUAAAACCCAACUUCUUAAAAGAUUACGAAAAGAAGCACAACGUUAUGGAGACUCAUAUACCCAUGCAACCAUCCAUGGUAACUUUUUAUUCAACCUAUACUUAUUUCACAACGGAGUUAGCAGGUGGGCAUCCUGUCAUAAAAAGUCGAGAGCAUACUGUAACUGAAAUAUUAAGUGACGUCAUAGUCCCGACAGUUGUCAAGUUAAGACGCAGUGAAUCCAUCCAUUCGACACCUGUGCAGCAAAAUAGGGUUGCUAAAACUGCAGAAAAUUCUUUUUUUCAUAGAAAACUUUUGUCUCUGAAUGAUUCGCUUGAUUUGGAAGCCAAAAUGAAUGAUGCUUACUAUGAAAAUGAAACUAACGAGGAAAAAGCAUCAGAAGACAAUUUGAAUGAUUUAAAAAAGAACAAAUUUAACAAUUUUUCAAGAACAGAAAACUCCUCAACAAAAUUCGAAGAUGACGCAUUUCUUAACAGCGCUCAAUAUAGUAAAGCUUACGCUGCUUACUUGAAAUAUUUACAAUCUUCGAACUUCAAAAUUUCAAAGCAAGAGGAUCGCACAAAUUUUGAAAUAUUAAAUCUCGUUUCUCAACCAGAUUCUACUUUCAAAAGCUCCAUUACUCACAAAUAUUCUGUCCCGAAAGUAACAGCUACAGUAAGCGCAUCCUCAUCCGAGUCCCAGAAUGAGGAAAUAAUUUUGUUCGCUACAUCCACAGUAAAGCGCAACGGCCGAAUGACCAAGUACACAACCACGAUAUAUGGAACCUACGUCAAUGGCGUUUAUGCUCAGAGAGCAAAAUCAAACUCAGACAUCGUUCCCAUGACGACAGAUAUAGAUAUAUCAGUCACCGCGCCACUGCAACCCAUCACCCCGUCUCGACUUUCGGGACUUGUGCAAAGCGUGGUGUCACGUAAAGUUCGUGGUCCGGUCGCAGUUCACCUCACCACGGAAAUUCAUGGCGUAUUCAUUGGAAAUGCUUAUGCUCAGACAGCCAGGGUGUUCACCAGUUCUCAACCUCUUUCUUCCACGAGAGAACCUUUCAGUUUUAAGCUAGCGCCCAUCGCUGCGACAUCUACUUCGGGAGUGAGAAAAACCGGCCUCCUGUCAUCAAGAAUAGUGAGGAGCAAAAUAGAAGGAUCCACGACAUUGUUAUUCGUAUCAGAAAUUUACGGCACGCAUAUUGGAGGUGCAUAUGCUCACCUGGGCACGUACACAACGCGUACCAUAACUCCUUCCUCCACUUCUUCCAUAGAACCGUCAUCAACAAGUCUGUCAACGUUUCACAUCGAUGAUUUGACAACAGGUCUUGUAACAGCCUCUGUAAGUGAUAGAAUUAUGAAUGCAACGACCAUACGCUAUCACUUUGAAGUAUAUGGAACUUACUUAGACGGAACAUACGCUCAUGUUCCUAGCAUUUCUACCGAAACUCUUCAGGUACCCAAUUAUUUAACUCUUCAAUCGAAUUCAUCCAUUAUUACUAAUUCACUUUCAAUACCUGACAAAAGUCUGAAAAUUGAAUUCAUGGAAGAAGCCUCUACUGGAGAAGAGGUAAUAAAUGGGGCUCGAGACAUUUUCGAAAAAUUCAAUGAUCGGAAGAUGAAAGAAAAUACAGCAAAUAUUUCACCAACCCCAAAAUUUGAAAUUCUAUCGAUAUUUUCAACCAAUGUCAUAGUCUCUUCAACACAUGCUGAAAGCAAUGCAAAUAGUUCUUCUUUUGCGGAAGCAAACAGUGCAGACUUGAGCAAAAAAGAAGUAGGCUUUGAUGUCGAAUUUCCUGAGGAACAUUUUCUGUAUGAAAAUCUCCUGUCCAGCACUUUUCCCCAUCAGAUGACACCCAUACUGCUACCAGAAGCUUUAAGAACAUCAUUUUCUCCUGAUACGCUCCAUCACCUCCAGAAAAGGAGCUAUCCCGACAUUCAAAGCUCAUUUCUAGACUCUACUGCUUCUCGCAGAAAGCCGUACGACUGCUCCCAUUCUAUAAUGACGAAUCCCUUACCAGAUUCUGACUUCACUGAACCGUUUGCUACGUCUAGUCAUUUUAAAAGUGAUCUCUCUAAAUCAAAGCAUCAAAUGAGAUUAAACAUCAACAAAACAACCAUUUUUAAAAAGAGAAAAAAUACAAAACACGUUGUUCCAAUAAAAGAGCAGGAUCCCAGUAGCAGGAAGAAACGAUCUGCAUCUAGAAGCCUUAACAGACGCUUCGGUUCAACUCCUACUUCUUCGACCAGUUUCCGGAGAUUCGGAAGUACCAAUACAGCGUCCACUACUCGAGGAUUCCGCAGCAGUGCAAGAUCUUCUGCUACUUACAGCAAGCCAUCAAAAAGUCUGCCAUCGUUCCUGUCAAGAGGUUUGAGAUCUUCAUCAACGAGUAGACUAAGUACUUCCUCCAUAAAACCUACUUCAUCCAGCAGCUACAAAUCCUUAAUGGGAAGAACGCAUAAGUUUGGAAAAAAAGAGCCAGAGGAAGUACUUAAAGAUGAUGAUGUUGACUUUGACGCAAGUGAAGCUCUUACUGAUUUAGUCACUGAGGAGACAUUUCAAUCAAAACCUUUACCGAAAUUUCGUUUAAAUCGACCUUCUAAAGUGCAAAAGAAUAAUCAUUCUUCUCUUAAGGCUGAUCGUUCGAGGUCAAAAUCUCGAAUUAUGUCGAUCAGAACAUCUUCUACAUUGAACAGGUUUCGAUCGUCCACUAAGAACAACUAUAUUAGUUCGAAUAAACGUAAAACCAACAGUCGACCCCCUAGCAGUAGAGAAGUGACACCUACUAUGACCGAUACACCGGAUAGCACCUCUAGCAAAAGACGUUUUACAUUGACCACAACGUUUUCGCUCAGCUUAAAUCCGACAGCAAGCUUUCUAUUAUCGAAUGAAGGAGAUUCCGAAAUUUUGAAUAAUGUUCAGGAAGAUACUUCAGUUAAGAAGCGUAAAAACAGAAAACACAAUUCUAAUUCAAAUUUCGGAAGUUUACGGAAAAGUAAUUUCCAGGCAGGGUUUGAAAACGAGGAGAACGAAGUUCAACCAAGAGUAUUACCUCUUCCGGUGUUUGGAAGAUCCAGAGGAACAACGCGACCACCCAAAUUUGAUCCGAGGACCAUAAAAUCUUCUGCCACAUCCACUACCACGCAGUUUUCUUCUGACCCCGACAUACAACCAACUCCAGUAUUUUUCGAUUCAUCCACAUCCCAAGAAUUAGUUGGCCCCAUAACAGUUACGGAAAAGUUUACUACAACAAAAACUCUACCUGUCCAUUUAGGUUUGCGCACUUCGUUUGCAACGAUCACCACAACAGGAUAUUCAACAAGUACAAUUCAAACAGAAGAUCUAACGAAAUACACUAUUGGUGGCAUCACUAAAACGUUGUUAUCAGCAGUUACAAAUUUCCCAGACGCAAAUUUGCCCCCUGACCAACAAUUUACGGUUGUGACUGAAAUAUUACUAACGACGACAACUAUUGAAACAACUUCAUUAGUUGCCAUUAAAAUGGGUUACGGUACUCGAACAGAAAAUAUUGUGAACAGGCAAAUCAUGACCAUUCUAGCUACACAAACUAACACACUUCUGGAAGAUAAGACCCCACUAUCUCAAAUCCCACCACAAUAUCCAUAUUUCCCCAACCCAUUCGCUCCCUCUGUUCAGAACAACGGGUUUUCUUUAUCUCUUUCCGAAAACUCUUUCGUUUCAACACAAACAGUAACAUCGACCACUGUACUCCCAAUCUUUCUGAAUGGAAAAUCUAUUCUCACUACUCUUACAAGUACUACUUUAAGCGAAACCACAUUAGUCAAAACAGCCACAGUCAAAGUUCCGCAACUUCCGACGGCCCAUCCCUUUGUUUUCCCCCAACCUGUCUUUAUUUUACCAUCGGUCACCACGGACGUCACUGUCCGGUUUACAGCCCCGGACGGGGAGGUUUUUUCUAUAGUAACAACCAUAACAGUACCUCUCGCCAUAAAUGGUCACACAAGAUUCGCCCGAAGUAUCCACGACAUAAACUCUACACAAGUUCUUGACAUUUCAGAAACUAACUUUAUUCGUCCUAGCGUCGCUCCCUAUUUUAAAGAAAGAGAGGAUGACGAUAGUCUACCCGUUGAGUUUCCUAGUCAUUUAAAAAAUACACCAUCUCAAAGUAGCUUCCCCGAUGAAAGCAAAAUAAUUAAUAACGAACGACUUUCGCCCCACAAUUCAAAACAAUUACAAAGAAAUGAGUAUGUUAAAGAUGAGUUGCAUAUUCGCAAUCCACUCGAACUUACUUCAUUGGAUUCAGUAACUUUUAAAUCUAGGAAAUUACUCCAGGUAGAUGAUACUGAGGAUGAUGCAGGCGAAAAUGCGUAUAGAGAGCCAUACACAGAAAGUGAACCUCCUACCGAUGCAUAUAGGGUUGAUACUUUUCAUAUUACAGGUCCCAGAUUCAACGAUGAUCGGCCGAUACCAUCUGUAAGGGUCAUACCCACAAGACGGGCUUAUAUUCGUAGAAUAAAGCCUGAGACGUCAAGAAAUCAGCCAAUGGAUAGAUUGAGUGACGAAUAUUAUGCGAGAAGUAAUCUACAAAAUUUUCCCAGAAAUGUUCCAGACUCCGAUUUUUACCCGGGCAGGAGAUUUCCCAAUGAAAACUUCGGAAGUGUGCGUGGCUACCCAAACAAUAUGAUACUUCCACCUCCUCAGGAUUUUCCGGUGGUGAAUAACUUUGCUCCCAUAAGAGGAGCGCAGUACUUUUCUCCUAACAGGCCAAAUUCACCGUUCGAACCUCCGUUUACGGGAAGCGAAAAUAUACGACCUCCCCAAAACUUCGAAGCAGUUAGAACAAACAGACCAGCUGACACAUUUGGCAGGGUUAGAAACCCAUCGAGUAUUCCCACAACUGAAAGUGGUCUUAGAGCUCAAGCAGACGGGUUUGAUACACUACGUCACUUGCCUAGUUAUUCUCCAACUCGCGAAAGUGUACGAGGGAAUGGCGAAAAUGCAGACGACAGCGUGCCUACAACUACAGCUUCCGAAGAAAGCAGAGAUGAGCCAGAGACAACCAGUUCCCCACGAAGAGUCAUUCGACUACGACGACCGGGAGGAGUUCAACUAAACCGAUCGCCACCACCCCCUCCAAGACAGAAUUUAAACAGGAAGCCAAUCAUAAAUUCUCUGGCAGAAAUUGAAGAUACUUCGGACUCAAAAAAUGGACGCACCAGAGCAAGAGGUCCAGCGAUCACUACCCACAACGAUGAAAGAAGGCCCAAUAGGAUAAGGGGCAACGAUAUCACAAGUCCACAACCUUCAAAUGUCGCUGCUUUGCCCUUAACAUAUUAUACAACUUUCACGUACAUGACAACAUUCCUAAAUGGUCCUUCUACGGCCUAUUCUACGAGGGAGGCUGUUGUAUCAAACGUUGCCACUGAGACACUCAAUCCACACAUUGUAGGUCUUAUUCGAACAAGGGGAGGGUUCACGUCCCAAACUGGAAUUCCAACAGCUGUUCCCCUGGGAUCUACAGCUAAAGGUGCCACCACAACUAUAGUUAACUUAGCCUCCAGGGUGCAGCUGUACAACAGUGAUGUUUAUUAUGGUCGAUCUACUCUUCCGGAAAAUAACCACUACGAAAAUAGUUUUUCAAAUUCAAUAUCCAGUAGCACCGUUCAAGUGAGUGACAUAGCCACUCUGCCUAAGACAUACUACACCUUGUUUACUUACUACUAUACUCUGAAGGACAAUGACAAAAGCACACACUCCCAAAGGUCCGAGACGCUUUCAAACAUCGAUAGCCAAACAGAACCGUUUGUGACCCAAGAUUUUUCAAGCACUAUUGACGGAAAUGGUAUAUUAACUUUGAAACCUGACAAGAAGAUCGUUAAUUUAGGACUCAGAACAGCCCAAGGAACGACAACAGAAGUCAAUCUCGAGCUGCAAACGCUAGUCAAGUUCGACAACGUCCGAAAUGCCGUGGUAGAGAGAGGAAGUAUCACUCCCACUUUAGUUGAGAUCAUGCCAUCAGAGACUGACGCUGUCUAUAACAACUAUUUGGAGCCUGGUGACGCUGAGGUACAAGAUCAACAGACCUACCCUCAGACGGUGGCCAUUCAACCGUCUUUCUCUUCUUCUGUCGGGUCCCAGAAGCUUUCAUCGAGUGACCAAUCAACACCGGAAAUACCGGGGAGCAGCCGCCUCCUGAGGACUCAGUCUCUGAGGGGACCUUUGAGAAUUGCAACGACAGUUCUUCAGAGGCCUGGAAACCUCAGAACAUUCGUGCCUCGACCGGGAGUGCGAGUACGCGUUAAACCUCUGAACUCAGCGGAUAGCUCUCCUGAAACAGAUGAUGAUGACAGCGCAACCAGUCCCGACAUCACCACAGAAGAGAUGGGUGAUGAUGAGUCGUCUACUGAAUCAGAUAUUGAAUCAGUCACUGAAAGCGGCAGCCAAGAAUUUGGAGGUAGGAAACGUCUUAAAAUAACUAUCCGCCGAUCCCCUGGAGCUGUAUCAAGAACCACCAGAACACGGCCUCGCUUCUAUGUGGUCACAAAAACAGCUGAGCGUGGUUCGCAGAGAGCUUCAAAACGACCCGUCAAAAUCAGUCGGAUACCCACUUCAGAAAUGACGAUGACAUCAGUUCCGGUUGUGUUUGGGCUCAGCACCACCUACAGAAAUGCACUUGUGACCUCUCUGGACACUCCGGAGGAAAUGUCCGUCCAGCCGAGCAAGACAGUCAUUUUCACUUACUUCACGACCACGACCUACACCGUUCCCUACACGGUGGACGGGAAAUCCACCUUCACGACCCUGGAAGAAACGAACUCCAGAUAUGUCACAGAAACACUUGAACCUGAUGCAGAUUUAUCGUUCAUCACAACUCCAACUCUGAAUGAAGAAGCAUUGCUUACCAGUUCCUUUUCCAAUGUUAGACAACCAGCUCAAACUCUUAAACCACAGCUGGUCAACAAUCAGCUCAGCAUAGGACCUCGAGUGAACCUCAUCACUAAAAUCUCCAAUGGAGUUUCUCUCAUAGUGGCAUCUGAUGGAGACAUGGCCCAGCCCACUCUGACUCUGAGCCCAACGAUGGUCACAGAUGCUCUUCGGAUGAUGGACAAGGACAAAACGACCGUUUACGAACCGAGAACUCUUUUGACGACAUUCACUUUCUUCACUACAUUCUUCAACGAAGGAACGCCUUCGAUAUCCACUUCCGAACAAGUGGUGACCAAUGUUUAUUCCGUUCCGGUCACGAUGCCCAAUGCUCUGAAGCCGGUGACAGUGACAGAAACGAGCGAGAAUCUGGUGAGCACAACCUAUUACUCAACUCACACAUUCUACGCGACUCUCUUCAACGGCACCGAAACUGUCGUGACGCCUCUGGAGGAGCUGCAAUCUUCGGUCGUCAGUUCGACAGAAACAUACACCAUAACCAAAACAAUCAUCCCAACCGAGAUGAAGACCACCGAACCACCACAGCUAUCGACAACUUCGCUCUACAGAACCGUCACAAACUUUGUGACGCUGUUCAGGGGUUCGGAAUCUAUAGUUUCGCCAUUGGAAGAAAUCGCCACUGACGUCAUCACGCUCACAUUAGAUAAGAGUCCACCACCCUCAGUAGAAGCACUGUACACAACAAGAACCAUCCAAGCAACGAAUACUCAUUACAUAACCUUAUUCAGUGGCGGAGAGUCUAUUCUUUCGUCCAUUACCGAAGUGGCUCCGAGUGUUAUAACUGAACUUGUAAAACAACAACAACAGCCCGGAGUAACGAUUUCAGCUAGUAGCACGAUGGAUGAAUCAACAAAGACUGUUGAGCCUACAUUCCAAGAUCUAGUUCCAUCCAUUCGAACACAAUACACCACCCUCACUUACUUCACGACACUGUUCACUGACUCGAGCACAAUCCUGUCGAGCAGAGAAGAGAUUGCUACAUCCUACAUCACUUUAUUUGUACCUGCUUCUUUGACAGUUAGUGAUGAAUACACUAGGCAGACAAGUUCCCAAAGAGAUGAUAUUAAAUCAUCAUCCACUGAGGACAAAAUUUCACCUUCCAGUGAAAUUUUAACUUUCUACACGACCUACACUUACUACACGACACUCUUUAGAGGAACUGAGACAAUCAUAAGUGACAGCGAGACAGUCGUUACGCAAUACGUCACCAUCGAGUCGACGCCAACCGAAAGUGCUUAUCGACCCAGUACGACAACGCCACCUACUUUAUUACGAUCAUCAGAUUCAGUCGAAAUAAGAGUGGAGCCAACCACUACAACCACGGCAUCAACGCAAAAUGAGAGUACGUCAUCUGCAACUAAUGUUGACUUCGAUGAUGACAUACAAAUAAUUGGCAUUGAAACAAAAGUGCAAAGUGAAUCUCCACCCUCUAUCAUCACGGGAAUUCCUUCCACAGAUUCUAAUGGAGCAACGCACAUUUUGUUUACUGAUUUUAUCGUCCCAUCCGAUGAAGAUUCACGGCCUCCAUCUUCAACUAAAUCUACGCCCCAUUUAGAAACAUCUUUCUUUCCCAACGAAUCACAGACACCUUCUUCUGCGAGAGAUUCCGCAUCAGAUUACGCCACCACAAGACUGACCGAUGUGGCCACACAUCACGCUGCUGUACAUCCCACAACGACUUAUCAAUCGGGAUCAUCUCAGACCCUGGGAAUCAAACCUGGAGCCGUCAUCGAUUUAUCGGACGUUCUGACCAACACUAACUUGGUUGGAAACUUGGGCGAAACUAUUAAAGAUAUUGUUAAUCUGUUUGCUGCCAAUGGCAACAAACAGAGAAUUAAUUCUACAAAACAGAUUGAAAAUAACGAUUCCCCGUUGGCCCCGCCAGUAGGAGGAGCCACGGUUAGCAAUAUCGAAGAACCCAUAUACAUUCCGAUUGGAGCCAUAGGACGCAAUACGAAACCAUCUGUUAAGCCUUCUCUAUCCUCAGCAGGAGGCAUUCUCAGACCUAGCACUCUCAUUACAGGCUUCACACCGAUAGUGAACUAUGAGGAGGCAGGUGGUGAUAAGCCUGCAACAGAAAUCAGGCUUUUAUCAAGCGUGGUUAUAGGCACGGAUACCAUCCUUAUAAACCACACUGGAACUGCAUUUCCCGAAACACUCUACAUUUCUGAAUCAGAUGGAAGAUUUGUCGGUUCUCACGACCCAUCACUACAAGGCAGCGUGUCCAAGCACGAAAAUGAUGAUCGAAACAAAAUGUCUACUCCGGGAAUUGAAAGCGGAGAGAGCACAUCAAUCAUCACUGGACUUGAAACUAUUUUCUUCGGUUUCCCAGAUGCUCGGAAACCUCCACCGCAAACAACCACUCUUUUGCAAGGUUCCAUCUCAACAUCAUCUGUUGUCGGAGUGGAAACUAUAUUCUUUGAUUCUCCUGACGAUCUAUAUGCUCGUGGGCCGAGUCGUGUCAACAUAUCAGGCGCAACAACGAUCUUCGGGACAUUCCCCCCAAUUUCGGAAACGACGGAAAACAAAAAUACAGAAACGCUUUCUUCAGUGGGGGAGACUACUAUCUUCUUCCCAGUUCCUGGUGACAGUCCUGAGCACUCUCAUCCGGGUACUAGGUACGUUACGAGUGUUGAGAGCGUCACACUCACAUUGACACUAACAACGAGUAAUGUGCACCAAACAGAAGGGACUUUUGUCACGGACACAUCCGUUUUUACUACAACUAUCCCUCCCAGAACUUAUGUCUCUACCAUCAUUGGCUCGAGAACCAUUUUGGGUACUCAACCGGAACCAACAGAAGCAUUGCAAGUUAUUCCGACUAUGCAACCAUCGGAAUCCACCACGACGGUAACGACCACUACACUUAUAUUUAAUUCUAUCGCCACCACUGUUGUGAGGACAUUGGUCAUUCCUACUCAUGGGGUUCAACCGACCAGACCCGCAACGGGAACAUCUACAGAUUCCCCAAGAUUGGCAGGCAUACUCACAUUUAACCAAAGGCCAAAAGUGACCACAGAAAAAUCAACCACAACCCGGAAGACAAUACAAUUAUUCAAAUCUGGAAAUAGACCAACCGAACCUACAACAUCGAAACCUGGAAGAACAGGUCCGCCGUUGAAACUAUUCCCAACCAAACCUCCGACAACCACAACGCAAAAACCACCUAAAACUUCAACCAAGGAAUCCACUACUUUCAGGAAACCCGGAAAGACUCUAGUACCCAUAACCGAUGGCUGUCCAAGAGAAUGCAACCUGAAGAACAAAGAGGUUUGCAAACAAAACAUUGACAAGUCCUGGUCUUGCCAAUGCAGACCUGGAUUUUUCAAGAAAGAUGGUUCUCAAGAGUGCAGAGAUGUUAAAUCUUAUGUGGUUUUAGUACGUGUUUUGAAGAUGGGUGGUAAUGAGGUGUCCUAUUUACCGGAACUGGAAAAUUCACUCUCACCUGAAUACCAGAAUCUGACGACAACAGCCCGAAAAGCUGUGGAUGAUGCUUACAAGACGUCUAACGUGCGUGAUCAUUACGUGAGCACAAAUGUUAUAGGUGUUGGUAGGAAGGAGGGUGGUGUGUUCGUGAACCUCACUGUGCAGCUGAGUGGCGAGAAGCCAACCAAUGAAGAAUUCUUGAAAGAAGAAUUGGCCCAAUCGUUAGAAUUCGCUGCAUCAGAAAUAGAAUUAGUCAACGCGACAACACUCGUCAGUCCCAUCAUUCAAAGAGUUGAAGACGUACAAGAUUUCGACGAAUGCAGUGAUGAUAUAUACAACGACUGUUCUCGUAGUUCAGUUUGUGUCAACUUACCUGGAUCCUACAGCUGUGAAUGUAAAGAAGGAUAUCAAGAUCUGGAACCUCUCUUACCUGGAAGGAUUUGCUCAGGUGAAAUUAAAGAUUGUGAUUAUUGCAAUAAUCGUGGCAUUUGCAUCAUGACGGAGGACGACAACAAAUUCUGCCGGUGUUACCGUAUGUACCUUGGUAAACAAUGUGAAAUAAAUGGAUUGGUGUUGGCAAUUGCACUCCCCAUCGCUCUAGCUCUCCUCAUCUUGAUGAUGUUCUGUCUUUUGUGUGGGUGUCGUAAAUUAAGAGAGAAGCGAUCUCAAAAACCGAAGCCAAACAAUGUUUUCAAAGGAAUGGUACCCCCCACUGCGGGUACUCUAGAUCGAAAGGCCAUGAUUAUGGACUCAAGCAGCGAAAGUAGCGGAGAACACAGACCUCAUCACGCCUAUAAUGCUGGUUUUGAAGAGGAUCUGACCAAUUCGACGAUGAAACGAAGUCGAAGAAGUGAGAUGAUGGAAGAUCGAAUGUCGGAGUUCCAAGUACCAACUGUUCUCAUUCCAAGAGCGAAACACAGUCACCCAAAACAGAUGAUAUUUGGGAGAGAUCUGAUGGAUGUGUGUUCCACUUUCACAACACUCCCCUCAAGACGGAGAGAAUCUCUAACAUCCUCCACCCUCUACCCUAGAAGACAAGGAAGUCUCACUCACAUAUCAUCAUCUGCUGAUCCAUCCACCAGGUUAAACGAUCUGAGAGAGGCGAGAUUACCUCCGCCAACUCGGAGCACUGAACAAGGCAGACGUCGACGAAUGUCCGUAACAAGUAGCCAAGGGUCAAGAAUGGCUAAUGUUGGAAGCGGACAUGACUACCUCAGCGAGAGAGGAAGCUUGUGUCACAGUUCUCUAGGACAUUUAAGAUUCGAUUCUGAUCCUUGGCAAUCCAGAGGUCGAAGCAGUCACAGUGACUUUCUCAAUGAAGUCAGCAUGCCGCCACCCUCUUCAACAAUCACCAGACAAAGAGUGUGGUCGGAAACUGGACGCUCUUUUGAUGAUACAACCCUUAGAGCUGUUUCUUCAAAGAAUUUGAGAGAUGGAUCCGAUUUCUUGAUUCCUGGUUCUACUCCGAUUUCGUCCAGAAGAUUAUACAGUGAUAAUGACCGAAGAGAUAAAAGAAGCUACACUAAUUCUAGUCUGCAAUAUAGUAGUGACUUGUAAUUGUUCUACUGCAAUAUUUUAUUUGUGC